AUGUCUAUGUUUACUACUGAGUUUAUAGUAAAUCGAGUUGCAGAACGUCAAACAGUACCCUUUGAUGAUCCCAGAAAACCGAGAGCUAAUAUAUCAGCCAUUCAAUCGCAUUUAUCACUUUUCUAUCGAAAACUCAUCAUUAUAUUCAUCUGUUUUUUCACUUUCAUCAUUGGAUUGAGUGCAACAGCUAUUGGAAUUCUUGGAAUUACUCGUCAUUGCAAGGUAUAUCGACAACCAUCAAUUCCUGUUUGGUUGUUGGUUAGUGGAAUAUUAUUGUUGAUACUCUCCAUCUGGAUUACUACAAUGAUAUGUGCUUCUAUUACUUGCAAAUAUAAAUCAGGUGAUGGAAUAUUUAAGUCUUCGAUAGUUAUUGCUCUUUUUGCUGUUAAUAUGCUUGUCACCGUGUGGACUUUUGGAUCGAGUAUUACUUCAAUGUUCACUGAUCCUGAUUUAUCGCUAGAAUGUCUUGGAUUCAUCUAUGACUAUGGAUGGGCGCACUUUACUAUUAUGUUUAUAUGUCUUAUGAUUUAUUCUAUAUAUUGGUGUUGCAUGGCUACGAAAACAGUACACGGUCAAUUUUGUUGUAAGAAGAAAAAUCUUCAGUCUCAAGCUGACCUGCCGAUCUUUAAUUCAGAGCAAGCAGUUAUAACACAAUGUAAUAUGGGACAACACGAUGUAGCUAUUGCAGUACCGAAUGUUCCAACUAGAAACAUAUGA